CAGCCCUCUCACAUCGCUUGCCCGCACGCUGAUCGUAGUGGCUCUUCUGUCUCACCGAAUCCCGGUACAAGAGGUUUCUAGAUCUUAGAUCAUGGGGAAAGCGCAGAAGAAGACAGGGAAGGGUCGUUUGGACAAGUACUACAAACUUGCCAAAGAACAAGGUUAUCGUGCGCGUUCAGCCUUCAAGCUUAUACAGUUGAACAAGAAAUACUCGUUCCUCGAGACCGCGCGAUGCUGUAUCGACUUGUGUGCCGCUCCAGGAGGUUGGCUGCAGGUCGCAAGCAAGUACAUGCCCUCGAACAGCGUCAUCGUCGGUGUCGACCUUGUCCCCAUCAAACCCAUUCCUCGAGUGGUCACCUUUGCAUCCGACAUCACGACGACCCAGUGUCGUAAUCUCAUUCGGAACGAACUCAAAGACUGGCGUGCCGACGUUGUCCUUCACGACGGUGCACCCAACGUCGGUACUGCAUGGAUCCAGGACGCAUACAGCCAAUCGGAGCUUGUGCUCAUGAGUCUGAAACUUGCUGUGGACUUCCUGGUCAAGGGUGGAACUUUUGUGACGAAAGUCUUCCGUAGUGCAGACUACAACAAUCUUAUCUGGGUCUUCAACCAGCUGUUUGCCAAAGUUGAGGCUACCAAGCCGCCAUCUUCCCGAAACGUCUCUGCGGAAAUUUUCGUUGUUUGCCGCGACUUCCUCGCUCCCAAAUUCAUCGACCCUAAAUUUCUAGACCCCAAGCACGUCUUCAAGGACUUGGCGGCGUCGGUUGCCUCUGGCACUGACAAGGGAUCGUCUUCGCAUAACGCUCAAGCCAACGUCUUCCAACCGGAGAAGUCGCGCCGCAAGCGUGACGGAUAUGACGAGGGUGACUACACUCUCUUCAAGGCAGUUCCAGUGGGCGACUUCAUUCGGAACCCCGACCCCAUUUCUGUUCUUGGUGCUGUGGCUAACUUCGGAUGUCACAACGGUGACAUCAAGGCGAACUGCGAUGACCUCAAGGUCCUGGGGAAGGGUGACUUCAAAGCCUUGCUGAAGUGGCGAUCGGCUUUGCGUGAAGAGCUUGGUUUGGAAAACAAAACCAAGGGGACGGACGAUGCAACAGAAGUUGUCGAAGUCACAGAAGAAGUCGAUGAGGAGGAGCAGAUCCAAGAAGAGCUUGAGCGUCUCAACAAGGAGAAGACAGCCAGAGAAAAGCGCGAAAGGCGACGCGCCAACGAAAUCAAGACGCGUACCAUCCAACGGAUGCAGUUGUCUAUGACGGCACCGUUGGAAAUCGGUCUCGAACAACAAGAUCUUUCGUUAGGUGGUCAGGACUUCUUCGAUCUGGGUGGUGCAGAAAUAGGCCUACGCAAAAGAGGCGGCGUCUCUGCUCUCGGCGACGAGGACGAUGCGAGCACGGACGACGGAGUUGAAGGCUCUGGUGAUGAGGACGAGUCGGUGUUGGAUUCGGAUGAAGAACGGCAGCGCAAGGUGGCCAGUCUCGAAGCAGAAAUGGACGGUCUCUAUGACUCAUAUCGCGACCGGCUACGUGAACGGGACGCAAAGUUCAAGGUCAAAGAAGCGCGUGAGAAGAAUGCAGACCGAGAAGAAUGGCACGGUAUCCAAGAGAAGGGCGAUUCGGACUCGGAAGACGAAGGAAACGGAGGUUGGGAGAAAAUGGAGGACGUCAAAAAUCAGGACGACGAUUCCUCUUCGGACGACAGCGACGACGAUGUCGACGGAGAACCUGCCCGUGUCAGCAAGAAACGCAGCCGUCCCGAACGUGAAACGACAAAACCUGUUAAACGUGCCCGGCUUGUCACGAAGCUCGAGCAGCCACGAGCCGGCCCAUCUACACAGGCAGCCAAAGUUUGGUUCAGCCAGGACAUCUUUGCCGAUGUGGACGAGGAGAUCGACGACGACGCCGAAAUGUCCGUUGAUGACGAGGAAAUCGAGUCUGCUGACGGCAACGACGAAGACGACGCCGAAGACAACGAAGAGGAUGACGACGACUUUGAGAUCGUCCCGGCCGGUCUGGAGGAUGAUAGCGGAAUGUGGGACGUUGACGAUGAGAACGAGGACGAGAUCAAGCAAGAGAUCAUAAAAAGUACGAUCCCCUUGACCUUAACCUAUCGGUAUCUUACCAUUAUCAGAGCGCGGUCUCAACACUGCAGAGGCGAUCACGCUCGCACAACAGCUCGUCAACCGGCAGACACCAAGACCCAGCUGCUGAACGACGGUUUCAAUCGGUAUUCCCUCAAUUCCAAAGAAGGUCUGCCCGACUGGUUCUUGGAUGAGGAAUCGAAAUUCUACAAGCCCAAUCUUCCGGUAACAAAAGAAGCGAUGGCAGCUUUGCGCGCGAAACAACGGGCGUUGGAUGCUCGGCCGAUCAAGAAGGUCGCCGAGGCUAAGGCCAGGAAGAAGUUCAAGGCCGCUCAGCGGCUGGAGAAGGCGAUGAAAAAGGCGGAGGGUGUCAACGAGACGACGGAUCUCUCCGAGCGAGAGAAGGCCCAGCAAAUCGAGAAGCUCAUGCGCAAAGGGAUGUCGUCGGGGACCAAGGUCAAAAAAGAGAUCAAGCUCGUCGUUGCCAAGGGAUCCCACAAAGGUAUCAAAGGCCGUCCCAAAGGAGUAAAAGGCAGAUACACGAUGGUCGACUCUCGCAUGAAGAAAGAGGUCAGGGCAAAGAAGCGGGCAGAAAAAGCCAACAAAAAGCGCAAACGGGCCUGA